AUGCCAUCCACGGCGAACGUUCGACGCGCGCAAAAGACCGAGCGCGAGCUCACGGCGGCGACGGAAAAGGCGGAGCGCGAGAAGAAGCAGGCCGAGGACGCGCACUGGGCCGCGGCUGGGGAUGGGAAGAAGAGUAAGGCGGCGCAGCGGGCGGAUGCGGACGCCGCGGCGGCGGACGCGAAAGCGGCGGCGAAGGAAGAGGCGCGUCGACAAGCCGCGGCCGAGGAGGCGCAGUGGGGCACCAAACGCGACGGGAAGAAGAAAGUCACGCAGUUCGAUCUCAUGAAGGGGCAGGAGAUGGACGCUAAGGCGCGUCUCCGAGCAAAGUUUGCGGCGAAGAAAGUCGAGGCAAAGAUUCAAGACGAGGACGAGACGGACGCCAUCGUGAUGCGAGAGAACGAAAAUAGAAAACAAGACGUCGGCGUCGCCAGCGGCAUGGACGCCGCGCUCGAGGCGCUCACAAUCGGCGAGCGCUCGGCCUCACCCGCGCCUCUGAGCGGCAAGGCGGCGUACGCCGCGUUUGAAGCAGAAAAGCUCCCAGAGUUGAAGCUCGAAAAGCCCGGCUUGCGCAAGCAGCAAUACGCCGACCUCCUGAGCAAGCUCUGGGAUCGCUCGCCCCAGAAUCCACGAAACCAACUCAAGCAGUGA